AUGGAGACUGAAAUAGUGGACUUGAAGAACCAGCUUGAUAAUGCUGUGAAGGAAGAUGACACAGAUUCAAUCAUUGCACUGCUGAAAGCUAUAUCAUUGUUUGAACUUACAAAGGAUUUGUUGAGGACAACAAUGAUUGGUAAAUCAGUAGGUCUACUGAGGAACAACAAGAAUGAAUCAGUAUCGUCAGAGUCGAGUGCAUUGGUACUCAAAUGGAAGAAGCAGUUGGACUUGCCAUCCAAGCCAACUACUCCAACACUGUCCUCACCAGCAUCACCAGUCACAUCAGCAGACCAAGCAUCAAACAAGAAGCGUACAUCUGCCAAGCCACCAUCAUCCCCAUCCAUUGCAUCAUCAUCCCCAGAGCCCUCCUCACACUCCAAGUUGACUCCCUCCCUCAAGAGGAAGCUUGACGUCAAUGAGGACAACAACAACAACAACAAGUCGAGUGACAACAACAACAACAACAACAGCGGAAGUGUAAAGAAAGAACAAUCAUCGAUACCAAUCAAGAAACAGCCAAUGGCACGUCCAGUCGAAUUGCCAUACAUGUCAGACGAUAUGAGAUCAAAGACGAUGAAGUUGCUUGCAGACUCACUUCAAGUGACAGAGCCAACAGUGAUUCACUACAACGAAGCUGCUGCCUCCAUUGAGAACGAGCUGUUUGCAAUCCACGAAGGCUGCACCAGCGAGUACAAGGCCAAGAUCAGAUCCAUCAUUAUGAAUCUCAAGAUGAACACACAAUUGCGUGACUCUAUCCUCAGCGACAAUCUCGGAAUCAACAGAUUCUGCAAGAUGGAUGCAACGGUAUGA